GGCCGCCCGGAUCGCCGCGGGCCAGGGGUGCCCAGCGCGGGUGCCCAGCGCGGGCGUCCAGCGCGCGGCCACUCUGCGGCCCGGGCGGGCUCCCGCGCCCCGGCCCGGCCCCGCCCUGCCCCCCCGAGGCGGCAUCCUCGGGCUCGGACGUCCGGCCCCGGCCCCCGCGGCGGGGCUGUCCGAGGGUCCCCCCGACGCCCCCGGCGCCCCUCGACCCCCGGCCGCGGCGCCUCCCCCGCUCGCCCGGCCCGGGGGUCGCGGCUGCGGAAUCGAAAGCGAAGCCCGCCGCGGGCCCGCUCGCCUCCAGGACGCACCUCUGAGGGGCAGUGGGGGUGCUGGACGCCUCCCGAGGGAAGCCAGCCAUGUCUUUGGACGACAUCAAGAUGAGGCCCAGUGACCUGCAGGAUGAGCAGUACCUGGACAGCGGCGGCUUCGGGAAGGUGUCCCUGUGCCGGCACCGAUCCCACGGGCUCGUCAUCCUGAAGAGAGUCUACACCGGGCCCAAGCGCACCGAGUACAACGAGUCCCUCCUGGAGGAGGGCAAGAUGAUGCACCGGCUGCAGCACCAGCGCGUGGUGCGGCUGCUGGGCAUCAUCAUCGAGGAGGGGGACUACUCCCUGGUCAUGGAGUACAUGGAGAAGGGCAGCCUCAUGCAAGUGCUCCAGGCGCAGGUCAGUAUCCCCCUCUGUCUGAAAGGGAGGGUCAUCCUGGAGACCAUCGAGGGGAUGUGUUACCUACACGGAGAAGGUGUGAUACACAAGGACCUGAAGCCGCAGAACAUCCUGGUGGACAGGGACUUCCACAUCAAGAUCGCAGACCUCGGCGUUGCCUCUUUCAAGACGUGGAGUAAGCUGACCAAAGAGGAGAACAACAAGCAGAGGUUCAGGAACCCCCGCGGGUCCCCGAAGAACGGCGGCACCCUCUACUACAUGGCCCCCGAGCAUCUGAACGACGUCAACGCCAAGCCCUCCGAGAAGUCGGACGUGUAUAGCUUUGGCAUCGUGCUCUGGACCAUCUUUGCCAACAAGGAGCCUUACGAAAAUGCCAUCUGCGAGGACCAGCUGAUCCUGGGCAUUAAGUCUGGAAACAGGCCCGACGUGGAGUACAUCAUCGAGUACUGCCCCCGGCAGAUCAUAGACCUCAUGGAGGAGUGCUGGACGAGAGACCCCAUGCUCCGGCCCCUCUUCACCGACAUUGAGAAAAUAUUUAAGCCAUUUUAUUGCAGUGAGUUGGAAAACAAAGUGGAAGAGGCUGUGACAAGUUUAAAGGAAAAGUUUCAGUGCGACAGAAUCGUGAAGAGAAUGGAGUCGCUCCAGUUGGACUGUGUGCCGCUGCCUCCCAGCCGGUCAAACUCAGCCACGGAGCAGCCCCACUCACUGCGCAGCUCCGAGGGCCUGGGGGCGACCCCCGUGGAGGAGUUGUAUUUCGCUCCCUCCCCGGACCAUCAGCCCGAGGAGAACGAGUUCCACCUGCAGAGCAAACUCCAGGAGGAAGCCAACUACCAUCUAUACGGCAGCCGCAUGGACAGGACCUCGAAGCCGCAGCCCCGGCCGACCGUGGCCACCCGCCACGAGGAGGAGAGGAGGCGCCGGGUCUCCCACGACCCGUUUGCACAACCGAGACCCUCGGAGCACGUGAAGAGCCCCGAGAGGAAAGGCUUCGUCUACGCCAAUGUGGCCAGGCCUGCCCCGGCCGGACCGGGCAGCCAGCCUGCAGGGUACUGGAACGGCGGGGUCCCCGGCACGCAGAGCUUCUGGGCUAGAGCCCCCGACCCGGCUGUGGCAGCGCCGAGGGUGUGGAGCGGACCCUGUUCAGGCCUGCUGCAGUGUCCUCCGCUGCGGAUGCCCGUGCCCGAGAGCCUCUUCGUGGGGACCGCCCCCACCAUGCCGUUCAUCUCCCAGCUGUCGAGAGACGAGACAGCGAAGUGCGCCAUAUACAACAGCAGCGCCAUUCAGAUCGGCGACAACAACUACAUGGAGGUGAAUGGGCUGAUGCCUCCCUUGUGGGACUACUCGUACCAGAGCCCGACCGCGGAGCCGGCGCAAGAGCCCCAGUACGAGGUCUUCUUCGGGAACAGCACCAGCCUGACGGACAGGCACCUGGACCCCGUCCGGGAGAACCUGGGGCGGCACUGGAAGAACCUCGCGCGGAAGCUGGGCUUCACCGACGCGCAGAUCGAGGAGAUCGACCACGACUACGAGCGGGACGGCCUGAAGGAGAAGGUCUACCAGAUGCUCCAGAAGUGGGUCAUGCGGGAGGGCACCAAGGGCGCCACCGUGGGCAAGCUGGCCAGGGCACUGCACCAGUGCUCAUGCAUAAACCUCCUCCACAAACUCAUGCUCGUCAGCCGGGACUGACUCCGGGGCGCGGCCGGGCCCGCGGGCUCCUGCCUCUGCCAGACACUCAGCCCCACGUGGGGGCCACCAGCAUCCUCCCCACCCUGCCAGGAGCUCGGCGUCCGCCUCAGCCUCCUUGCCCCGCACCGCCUCUCCGGAGAAGGGGAGAACAAGCCACAGCCAGCAGCCCCGCAGGGCAAACACAGAGACAAGACAAAACACAACCAUCCUCUAGGCUGGGGAAAGGGAGGACAGCCAGCUGAAGAGGAGUUUCUCUGUGUCUGCACCAGAAGGAAGCGACACUCCGCUUCCGGAGUUUGGCUGCACUGAGCUGCGGGGGGGGCACAAAAGUCCACUCAGACUCCGGUGCUUGUCCCUGGUCCGCGCACCCCUCAGACCAAAGCACUGUAAGAUCCUCAGUUCCUUCCAGCAGGUUCUGUGGCAACACAGGCCCUGUCCAUCCCCGCAGCCCGGUGCUGUGUCUUCCACGGCCGGUGGCAGGAGUUCCACGCAGCCCCCCACCACCUGCCACUUCACUCCCGAACUGCGCGCGGGGCAUUCAGGUGGGGAGACAGAUGACACGUGCCGGACAGACCCUCCAGGACGUGUGUCCAUCUCCUCUUGCCCUCUGACCUGCGCUGCCCCACCUGGGCCCUGGGGAAGCCGCCCCCUCCCCCACUGCCUGGGACUGCACCCCAGUACUGGUGCGGUUCUUCCAGUACUGGUGCAGUUCUUCCAGUACUGGUGCAGUUCUUUUCACUACUGGUGCAGUUCUUUCCAGUACUGGAGCAGUUUUUCCAGUACUGGUGCAGUUCUUCC